AUGAGACUUGCUCUGAAGAAAGAUUACAUUGAAUUUGAAGCUUUUUUUGCAUGUCUCUACACACAGGCUUUGGUCAAUGGGCAGUUCUGGUACAGAUGGGCAGAUGACUGCUUUUUGCUUACUAUUAUUAGUUGGGGACUCCUCUUUCAUGUAGAUGCCUGGACUUAUCACUUUGGGGCCAAAUCAGACCUAACCUGGGAAGAUGCACGGACAUUUUGCCAGACCUGGUAUACUGACCUGGUAGCAAUCCAGAACAAAGAAGAAAUUGCCUAUCUCAAUGAAGUCUUACCAAAACAUUCAAAAUACUACUGGAUUGGGAUCCGGAAAAUAAACAACACCUGGACAUGGGUAGGAACCAGAAAGGCCCUGACCAAAGAGGCAGAGAACUGGGCUUAUCGGGAACCUAACAACAGGCUGUCCAACCAAGACUGUGUUGAGAUUUAUAUUAAGAGGGACUUUGAAGCUGGAAAAUGGAAUGACGAGCCUUGUAGGAAGAAGAAGCGGGCAUUGUGCUAUAAAGCUUCUUGUCAACCUUUCUCCUGCAACGAACGUAGUGAAUGUGUGGAGACCAUCGGGAACUACACCUGCCAAUGCUACCCUGGUUUUUAUGGCCCUUGGUGUGAAAAUGUUGUAAAAUGCAACCUGUUUGGCCCUCUCCAUCAGGCCCUGCUCAUGAAUUGCACUCAUCCGUUGGAGCAGUUCAGUUACAAAUCUCAUUGCAGCUUCAGGUGUGAUAAAGGUUUUACAAUAAAUGGCCCAGUCAACCUGCAAUGUUUGUCAUCUGGGCAGUGGACAGCGGAAGUACCUCUGUGUGCAGCUGUCCAGUGCCAGCCAUUAAAUAUUCCUGUACAUGGAAACUUCAGCUGCAUUCAUAUCCAUGGAGAAUUUCAUUACCAGUCUAGUUGUGACUUUAAAUGCCAAGAAGGCUUUCUGAUCAAUGGAGCAGGGACCACUAUGUGUGAAGCGUCUGGAACAUGGAGUGCGUCAGAGCCAAUCUGCCAAGUUGAACAAUGUCAGUCAAUUCAGCCACCUGCAAGAGGAAUGAUGGAUUGUGUAAACCCAAUUGGUUAUUAUAGUUACAACUCUACUUGCAACUUUGCUUGUGAAGAGGGCUUUGAACUUAGUGAUUCCCAGCCUUUGAUUUGCCGUGCAUCUGGUCACUGGAUCUCUCCCGUACCAACAUGUCAAGCUAUUCAGUGCCAGUCCCUAGAGGCAUCUGCUCAUGGAAAUACCACCUGUGUUCAUCCCCAUGGGGAAUUUCAGUACCAAUCCAGCUGCACUUUUCUUUGCACCAAGGGUUUUCGGUUACUUGGAAAAGAGGUCACUGAGUGUUCAGCUUCUGGAAAAUGGACAGCCCCAGCCCCAGUUUGCCAAGCUGUCCAGUGCCAGCCAUUAAAUAUCCCUGUACAUGGAAACUUCAGCUGCAUUCAUAUCCAUGGGGAAUUUCAUUACCAGUCUAGUUGCGACUUUAAAUGCCAAGAAGGCUUUCUGAUCAAUGGAGCAGGGACCACUAUGUGUGAAGCGUCUGGAACAUGGAGUGCGCCAGAGCCAAUCUGCCAAGUUAUGCAAUGCCACCAUUUGCAGAAUCCUAAAAAUGGGGAGAUGGCCUGCUCACACCCGUUUGCAGAGUUUGCUUACCAAUCCAUCUGUCAGUUUGUAUGUGAACCUGGCUUUCUCUUGGCUGGAGCAAACACAACCUUCUGCUUGGCAACCAGGCACUGGAGUUCUCCAUUACCAGCAUGCCAGGUUAUUGAAUGCCCAAACCUGGAUGCUCCUCAGAAUGGAGAAUUAAAUUGUUCUCAUCCACAUGGGAGUUUUGCUUAUAAUUCCAGCUGUGCCUUCUCCUGUGAUAUGGGUUUUGUACGCAUUGGAACAAAUCAACUUCAGUGCACAGAUUUGGGAAAGUGGACUGCAGCCACACCCAGUUGUGAAGCUGCCAAGUGCCCAUUUCUACACAGGCCAGCAAAUGGCCAUUUAAAGUGUCUUCAUCCUCAUAGUCAUUUUGCAUAUGGCUCCACUUGCAACUUUUCCUGCAAUGCCGGUUUUCAGCUGGUUGGGCUGGCAACACUUGAUUGCACAGCAUUAGGAAACUGGACUCAAGAAAUGCCUUUCUGUAAAGCUGUCCAAUGCCCGCCACUGAAAAACCCAGAGAAUGGCAAAGAAAAUUGCUCUAAUCCUUAUGGACAUUUUGCAUAUUACUCCAGCUGCAUGUUCUCCUGCAACUCUGGGUUUGAAUUAGCUGGAUCUGAGAAGCUGAAUUGCACAGAUCAGGGAAAUUGGACUGGAGAUACACCCAUCUGUGAAGCUCUCAAGUGUCCUGAAUUGCAGGCUCCAAAGAAUGGACAGCUCAAAUGUUCUCAAUCUUAUGGAAACUUCACAUAUAACUCUAGCUGCAUCUUCUCCUGUGACAUGGGUUUCAAAAAAAUUGGAUCCAAAAGGCUUAACUGUACGGCCACAGGAGAGUGGACAGGAUUUGCACCGUUUUGUGAAGCCAUAAAGUGUCCCCCCCUUAAAGAGACGGAGAAUAUGAAAAAGAACUGCUCCCAUCCCUGGGGCCACUUCAGCUACAGCUCCGCAUGUCGCUUCUACUGCAUGGAGGGCUUCAUUCUCAAUGGAACAAGUAGGACUCAGUGCCAACCUGGUGGCCGGUGGUCUGCUGAGAUGCCCGUUUGUCAAGAAAAUGCUGCCAUUUACCUAAAGCAACUUUUGCUUUAUACUGGUGGAAUCACAGCAUCCCUUAUUGCUGUUAUGAUCUCUGGGGGUCUGAUAGUUCUAGCAAUUAAGCGUCUUGGCAAAAGAGAGGAGAGAAAGAAGCUGUUAAGUCAUACCAGUGAUUUGGGGGUACCUGGUACAUAUUCCAAUUCAGCAUUUGACUCCAUCUCCUAAGAACUCAACUGGAGCAUGCUAUGAAGAAAAAUGCAGAUACAAUGGGAUAUCCAUGCACCUCAGUUCAGUUCUACUAAUAUUAUUGAUUAGGAUUUGGGGUCACAGAAAGUCAGACAAUAAAUUAAUGUAUGAAACAUGUAGUUUUAAAAGAUACUUUGCAUGGAGCUUCCAUUCACCAUCCAGCUACAGCACAUAAAGAAUCUCAAAACUUCCCAAAACUCAUUUAUCUACUGGCCAAGAUGUUCUGAAAUGACCUAUGUUCUUCUUGUGUUGUUGAACUUCUAACUACUCAUAACAUUGCAAACCAUUAUUGCUAAAAAGAUGCUGUAGAUAUGCCAAAAAGUCUUUUUUGGAAAUUGUGACUGGUUUUCCAAGAUACAAUAAUUUCAACAUUGACUUUAAAAAUUGUUUCUAUUUUCUUGUAUCAAGAUAGAGAUGUAAAGACUUAAUAAAUCUUGCUUCUUUC